AUGCUCAGAGCUCGGCCGCUGACGCUUCCCCGGGGCCCCAAGUACCUGCAGCGUGGCUGGGAGGCAGCCUACCAGGGCCACCGGAAAAAGGUCCAAGAGGCCCAGCCGCUUGUGGACACAAGUGCCCCGCUGACCCUCAGCCACCUGCACCUGAAACUCAAGAAGCUGAAGCUGGAGGAGCAGCAGCUCUCGGUCAUCGACAGGGACAACCGCCUGCUGCUGGAGAAGAUUUCCCGCAUCAUGAGGAGCAGGGCACAGCCAGGCAGCAGACAAGACCCCACACAGUGCAGUGACGCCCACUGGGAGGGUACUUGGGACUUCUGGGGUCCUGAGGAGCGGCUGUAG